AUGUGCAUUCUCGUCGUUGAGGCCGGCAUUUCCAACCCCGGCCAAAUCGAGGAGAUCACCACUCCUUUCAAGACGUUCAACCUUCGCGGAAGCAAAUAUGAUUGGGCAUACAAGACUACCAUGAUCAAGCGUGACGACUACGAGCACAUUGAGAAGCCCAACACCCGUGGAACGACCAUUGGCGGUAGUUCCUGCGUCAACUACUUCACCUGGAUCCUGGAUCCAAGCCGACUUUCUAUGAUUGGAAGGCUUUUGGGCCACCCGCUAACUGAGGAAAUCUUCUCCGGCGAGAUGGAGGGUCUUACCCACUGCGUCGACACAAUCUACCAAGGCGAGCGUCAGGGUAGCUCCCUCUACCUGAAGAACAAGCCGAACGUGACGAUUCUAUACGGCAUCCAGUCGAAGCGUUUGAUCAUCGACCCUGUCACCAGUGUCUGCUCGGAUGUCACCGUCAUUAGCAAUGCUUAUAACACCGAAAUCAAUGUCUACACCAGCCGAGAGGUGAUACUGUCGCAAGGUGUCUUCGAUGCUCCUAAGCUUCUGAUGCUGAGCGGUGUUGGCCCAGCAACAGAGCUGGCCAAGGAUGGCAUCAAGCCCAUUGCGGAGUCCCCCCAUGUUGGUCAACAUCUGCUGGACCACCCCAUUGUCCCGUUCGUGCUGCAGAUCAAGGACGGCUUCUGUCUGGAUGACCACAUCCUCUGCCCAGAUACUCUCAACAACUCCGCCAUCGCCACCUACAAGCGCAGCAAGACCGGCCUCAUCAGGUCUAGCCUGCUGGAGCUCGUUGGACUACCUCGCAUCGACGAACGCCUCGAGAAAUACCCAGUUUACCGAGAAUCCAAAGCUGCGAAUGGAAGGUUGGACCUCUUUGGACCAGCAGGUCAGCCUCACUUCGAGCUUGACUUUGUCGGCAUGUUUAGCACUGCGUUCCAAUGGCACUAUCCGUCCCCGAGAAGGGGCACAGUGACACUCAACAGCGCCAAUGCUCAGGUCCUGCCCAACAUCAACCUCAACUUCUUCGGCAAUGAGAGAUCCCAGCCAUGCGCGAGGGUCCAGACUGGAUUCCACCCUUGUGGUACCGCACGCCUGUCGAAGAACAUCCAUCAAUGUGUCGUCGACCCGAAGCUUCGCGUGCAUGGAGUGCGCAACUUGCGAAUUGCGGAUGCUUCUAUCAUCCCCGUGAUCCCCGAUUGCCGAAUCCAGAACUCGAUGUACAUGAUUGGCGAGAAGGGUGCGGAUAUCAUCAAGUCUGAUAAUAAGUAUUUGUAUGAUGCGCAAUCGCUUGUCUCCAGCUAG